GGAGGGCCGCCCUUAAACGCCGCCCGGCGCUGUCGGAGGGCGCUGCCGCCGCUCGCUCCUCCCGCCCUGCCUCCGCGGCAUGCCCACGCCGGGAGCCGGCGGCGUGAAGGGAGGAGGCGUUCACCGUGCGCCGCUCAGCCGAGGCUGCGAGGAGAAGCGGCUUUUUCGGCCUCCCGCUGGGACCAUUUACUGACUGAAACCGCCGGUGCGGGUCGCGUAACGGAAGGUGGCCCUCGCGGGUGGGCGCUGGGGGGGAGCGAGGCCUGCCAGGCCGUCCUCUGGGCCCUGCUGCCCGCCCGCACGGCCCGAGAGGGCAUGCAGGGGUAGCCUACGCCAGCAGCCAGCCAGCGGUGCCUGCCCUGCCCGCCGCCCCCCGCCCCAGCCUCGGUGGUCGCAGCGGAGCUGGCUUCAGGCGGCCCCAAGAUGUUCAGCUGGCUGGGCACCGACGACCGCCGGAGGAAGGACCCCGAGGUGUUUCAGACGGUUAGCGAUGGCCUGAAAAAGCUCUACAAAACCAAGCUGCUCCCGCUGGAAGAGCACUAUAAGUUCCACGAGUUCCACUCGCCGGCCCUGGAGGAUGCUGACUUCGACAACAAGCCCAUGGUGCUCCUCGUGGGGCAGUACUCCACUGGGAAGACCACCUUCAUCAGGUACCUGCUGGAGCAGGAUUUCCCAGGGAUGAGGAUUGGACCAGAGCCUACAACUGACUCCUUUAUAGCAGUUAUGCAAGGAGAUGUGGAAGGAAUCGUUCCUGGAAACGCAUUGGUGGUGGAUCCCAAAAAACCGUUCAGGAAACUCAAUGCCUUUGGCAAUGCCUUUUUGAACAGGUUUGUUUGUGCCCAGCUGCCUAAUCCUGUGUUAGAGAGCAUCAGUGUCAUUGAUACGCCAGGAAUCCUUUCUGGAGAAAAACAGAGAAUUAGCAGAGGUUAUGACUUUGCUGCUGUAUUGGAGUGGUUUGCAGAGAGGGUUGACCGCAUCAUUCUCCUUUUUGAUGCGCACAAGCUGGACAUCUCAGAUGAAUUCUCCGAGGUCAUCAAGGCUCUGAAGAACCAUGAGGACAAGAUGAGGGUUGUUCUCAACAAGGCUGACCAGAUAGAGACUCAACAGCUGAUGCGGGUGUACGGUGCCCUCAUGUGGUCCUUGGGAAAGAUAGUCAACACUCCCGAGGUCAUCAGGGUCUACAUUGGCUCCUUCUGGUCCCACCCGCUGCUCAUCCCCGACAACCGCAAACUGUUUGAGGCGGAGGAGCAGGACCUGUUCCGGGACAUCCAGAGCCUGCCUCGUAAUGCUGCCCUCAGGAAGCUCAACGACCUCAUCAAGCGAGCGCGGCUGGCCAAGGUCCAUGCUUACAUCAUCAGUUCCUUAAAGAAGGAAAUGCCCUCAGUGUUUGGGAAGGACAAUAAAAAGAAAGAGCUUGUUAACAACUUGGGAGAGAUUUAUGCCCGGAUCGAACGAGAGCAUCAGAUCUCACCAGGAGACUUCCCUAACCUGAGAAAGAUGCAGGAUCAGUUGCAAGCCCAGGAUUUCAGCAAGUUCCAGCCUCUGAAGAGCAAGCUGCUGGAGACCGUGGAAGACAUGCUGGCCAACGACAUCGCCCAGCUCAUGGUGCUCGUGCGCCAGGAGGAGUCGCAGCGGCCCACACAGAUGGUGAAGGGAGGAGCCUUUGAGGGCACCCUGCACGGCCCCUUCGGCCACGGCUACGGUGAGGGCGCCGGCGAAGGCAUCGACGACGCCGAGUGGGUGGUGGCCAGGGACAAGCCCAUGUACGACGAGAUCUUCUACACACUCUCACCUGUCGACGGUAAAAUAACUGGUGCCAACGCCAAGAAAGAGAUGGUAAGGUCUAAGCUGCCCAACACGGUGCUGGGCAAGAUCUGGAAACUGGCUGACAUCGACAAAGAUGGCAUGCUGGAUGAUGAGGAGUUUGCCUUGGCAAAUCAUCUCAUUAAAGUCAAGUUGGAGGGGCACGAGCUGCCAAACGAGCUCCCGUCCCAUCUCCUCCCACCAUCCAAAAGGAAAGUAACAGAAUGAGAGGAAGGUUACAGGGGAGAGGGAAAGGGAAGGGGAGAAAGAGAUCUAGAAAAACAUGUUUACUUAAAUUAUACCUUUAGAUGUGAGAUCACCUCUGGAUUUAUACCUAUUUUGCUGUAUGAACAAAAAAACCCUAAAGCAGAACAAAGAGUCCAAUCCUUCUUCAUGAUAAUACGCAAUUAACUCUUCCAGCAUAACAUCCCUGCUUUCUAAUGCGUAGUCUGUAAGUAUGAAGGUAAAGAUGUUGAGACUAGGAGAAUAAGUGGAAGUAGAAGGAAAACUGAAGUGGGAUGCAUUUCUUGAGAGUGGAAUAGGCACUAAUAGAAACCUGCUUACUGUCAGUAUCACUCCUGAGCUUUGGCUGUACCUUCUGCUGUUUAUUGGGUCUCACAAACUUCAGGAGACUGAGAUCUUGAUACUGAAGAGGAAGCCACAAGGUCUCCCAGCUAUUGGCCAAACUAAAGAGCACUUCCUAAUUUUACGUAAGCCCACGCUAAAAUACUAGAUACUAAACCCCAGGGUUAAGAAUUUUAGGAACCUCGACUCACUGUUAAAUGCAAAUUUUACAGCCAUUUCCCUGUCCUUAAACGUAUAAAUAAAAUCUGAAACAGCA